GGCGCCCCCGCCGCCAUGGUUCGCUUCAAGAACAGGUACGUGCUGUGCGAAGUGGUCUCGGAGGACCCGCGGUGCCGGCAGUGCAUCGAGGACCGCGCGGUGGGCCUCGCCGUUAGGGAUGCCAUCGGGCGGGUGCACGGGGACUACGGCCUGGCCUGCUGCUCCAUCUCCUUCACAGUGAAGUACCUGAACGCCUACACCGGGACCGUGCUCCUGCGGUGCCGCAAGGACUCGUACCGGCUGCUCUGCUCCGCGCUCCCCUUCGUCAGGCAGCUGGAGAGCCGCAACCAGCGCUACCCCUGCGCCCUGAACACUCUGCACGUUGGAGGUACCAUAAGGACGUGUCAGAAAUUCCUAAUCCAGUAUAACAGAAGACAACUGCUGAGGUUGUUGCAAAACUGUACAAAUGAAGAGGAAAGGCGGUGUGUACAGAAGUCCUUGUUGAGCUGUUCCCUGACAGAAGAGCAGUCUCAAAGUGGAGAUGAGGAAGAUGAUGGCAGCCCAGAGACAGACUGAAGUUACUUGUUACUAUUCACCUCUGUCCUGUACUUAGGUCAUCAAGAUGUUAGCAGUUACCUUCAGUGUAAGCAAAGCAGGGGGACAGAAAAAAGCAUCUGUUCAUAUUUAGGCUUCAUUCCCCAUUCUCAGUGUUGUAAAAUAAAGAUUUAUUUUUUAAUACAUAGUUUUACUUAAAUAGGUUAUUUGCCCGUUUCACUCCAGGAAUCAAAAUGACCUUCACUCCUAAGGCGUGUAGCAGCUCAGUCGGCUAUUGAUGCUGAGGUAGAAAGGAGCCUUAGGCAGCUGGCAUGAACAAGGACUACAGUCAGACUCCUUCAAUACAGAAAAGUCAUCAACAGCUCCCUGGCUUUGACCUUCUCUCCCACGGCACAUCUCAUCUGUAGGGCUGCCCGCUGCUGGAGUCACAAAAGCACCAGUGGUGUACAGAGGAGCAGACAUGACAGGGAAUGCAAGACACAGCUGUAAGGCUUGACUCCAUCCAACCCGUUAUAAAACUCAUAGGUCCAGGUACUGCUUAGAUGUUUAUUAAGUUUACACAAAUCAGUUAACAGGAAAAGAGCACUGCUGGUUAUCUCUUGAAUCCAUAGGAAAACAAGACACAACUUGAAGAUGCUGUCCUGUGGAGACUGCCCCAGCAGAAGGGACAGUGUCCUGCCUGCAUCACUGCCCUUGUUCUAGUGCCUGUGAGAGGUGGGGGUGAAUUGCACCAACUCCAGCCUUUCUGUCUCUCUUCCCAAUGCAAAGAGACUAGAAGUGUGUAGAGAGAGUAGAACACAAGGUAUGGGUUAGACACUAAGUAGUUACUCCUGGCCCAUGGCUUAAAAUCACUUACAAACAGGAAUCAAUAGUAUUGUGGAGGCAGUUAACUGCAUACUUGACUUUCAUAGCUGCUUUCUCUGCCCUCACCAGCAACUCCCCUGUGUGCACAAAGCACCACGGCAAGGUGUGCUACCACUGUCAGGCAUCUUGUCUUGGUUUCUUUGCACUAUGCUGCCAAGCCUGUUCCAUCAAAUGCAGGUCAUUGUGACCAGGUGAAGGCAGGUUGCUUGCCAAGAAUGUUUUGCAGGUGUCUCCUGCACACAUUGUUUUGGGAAGUGUCCUCUUUGGCACACAGCUGUCUUGAGGAAGCACUUGUACUGUGUGGAGCCUACUGCUUUGAAACCAAGCCUCAAUGCAUUGACAUAAAGAGGGGCACAGGCAGUGACUUCAUCAGUGGGUUUCAGAUCUGUGACCCCUGGAGUCACACAGGUGGCCUCCUUGCCCAGUCCAGUCACAGCAUCAACACCUGGGCAAGUGCAGGCAGAUCACUAGUGCAAGCGUGGCCAAAGGGAGCAGAAGACACCGUCAGUCUUGCACUGUACAUGAGGUGGUACUUGAGAGCAGCUCCCUGGCCCGAGUUCUGUCAGGAGGAAGGUAAGGGUUGAACCUCUGCCCCACACUGACAGCUCAGGAAGGGUGCAGGACUGCAAGUGCAUGUGCAGAUGAUUUAUUGCAACUGUUGGCCUUCACUGGUACAUUACACCUACAGUUCAUUUUAUUCCACAAAAUCCACACCACUUAACUCAUUAGCUCAAAUCAAACCACAAGCUGUGCAGAAUGACCACCCAAAGUGAAAGCAGGGAGGGCUCCAGAAGAGGUGUUGGUAGCUCCAGGUGCUUAGCGCAGACCGAAGGACAUCUCGGAACCCAGCAGAUACAGGCCCUGAGCCAGUUCAAGACCCUCCGGUUUCUUGCUGGGGAUAAAACUUGUCUAAGGACUCCAGCUAUCAGUUGUUCUUCCAAUUCUAGAGCAGCCAGUGUCAUUCAGGUAGCUAUAUCAAAAGCCCUAGGGUGGAGUGUUUGUUCUAGAUGAUCAGUUUACAAAAGAAUGUGGAGCCCACAGCUGGCAAAAAAUAAACUGAAAUCAGCAGCCUCACUCACCCACAUGAAAACAAAGCUGAACAACUGAGAGAAGCCAGGAGGUUCCUGCUACCACUAGUGCUGGCACACCCUUAGAAACAUAGAUUCAUCCAGUGACUUCAAACCAAGCAGCCAAGUUCUGCUUUAGACUCACCUCAGCUUUAAAUUGUUCCAAGCCAGGAGAACAGGAGGAAUUCUUGCUCUUUAGAAAAAGAACAAAUGUAGCAGCUAACACCCUAAAGCCAGGAAGCUCUUUUGCCCAUUUCUAGUGCAGCAGAAAUCAGGUUCUCAGGAGAGUAGUGUGACAACUUGAAUGGAACAGUGCUGCUGUCACAUCAGAUGGGC